AUGAACGUUAAUAAUUUGAUACAGGAAGCCCAAGGCUUGUUCCAAAAUGGAAACCAUGGUGAAGCGGUUAACAAGUUGACUGACGCUGCUCGCAGUAACCCUGAUCAAUCGCAAAUGUCCUCAAUUGAAAACAUAAUUCAAAGUUUGGGAAAAUACGUUGUUUCGAAUGGCAGUGGUGGCAGUGGAGGACUGGGCAAUACCUUGAUGUCUACGUUCAUGUCUAACUCUGGUUCGCCUCAAGGUCAGUUGGGUAAAUUAGCAUUGCUCUCAACCAUUUUAGGGUCCGGUAAAGGCAGCGGGGGGUUCAACCUUGGCUCUGUAGCUUCCAUGUUAGGAGGCGGCGGCGGUUCUGGUGGUAUUGGAAGUUCUGGCUUGAGUUCCAUUGCGUCAAACUUCUUUGGAGGACAGAAUAAGCAGCAAGGUGGUCCUCAAGGAAAUGAAGGGAACUCUGGCUCUGGCGGCAUAGCUGAUAUGAUGGGUAAUUUCUUGAAUUCUCAAAAAUGA